CCCAUACAAAUCACAUAUAUCCGCCGUCACGUCACACUUUUAGUCCAUAUACUUUUACUGUCCUGGUUUCAGUGGUAGUGGGGGAGAAAUGUCACUUCGCACAGCUGUCCGUCGCCUCAGUGCUCCCUUUAGGAGUGUUGUACAGCCCUGCGCUGCUAAUGCAAACAGACCGUAUGCGGCGGUGGCUCAAGCGCUGUCUGUCCUGGAGAGCGAGCUGGACUCUAUCCGUGCAGCGGGCACAUGGAAGGGGGAGCGAGUGAUCACGUCCAAGCAGGGUCCUCAUAUCUACGUGGACGGCAGCAGAGGCGACAUAUUGAAUUUCUGUGCAAAUAACUACCUGGGUUUAUCCAGUCAUCCGGAGGUGGUAAAGGCUGGAAUAGAUGCCCUGCAGAAAUAUGGCGCUGGCCUUAGUUCAGUGCGCUUCAUCUGCGGCACCCAGAGCCUCCACAAGAACUUGGAAGAGAAACUAGCCCAGUUUCACGAAAGAGAAGACUGCAUUCUGUAUGCAAGCUGCUUCGAUGCCAACGCUGGUCUGUUUGAGGUCCUGUUGGGUCCCGAUGAUGCCGUGUUGUCUGAUGAGCUAAACCACGCCUCUAUUAUCGACGGCAUUCGGUUGUGCCGUGCCAAGAGGUUCCGCUACAAGCACAUGGACCUGAAUGACCUGGAAGAAAAGCUGAAAGAAUCACAGUCCUCUCGUCUGAGGUUGGUGGUCACAGAUGGCGUGUUCUCCAUGGAUGGGGAUGUGGCUCCUCUGAAGGGUAUUUGUGAUCUGGCUGAGCAGUACGGAGCAUUGGUCUUCAUUGAUGAAUGUCAUGCCACAGGAUUCAUGGGUCCUCGUGGCCGAGGAACCGAUGAGCUGCUGGGUGUGAUGGAUAGAGUGCACAUUGUCAAUUCCACUCUGGGAAAAGCUCUGGGAGGUGCUGCUGGUGGUUACACUGUCGGACCCAAGCCUUUAAUUGAGCUUCUGAGACAGCGGUCUCGUCCAUAUCUCUUCUCCAACUCCCUCCCCCCUCCUGUGGUGGGCUGUGCCACCCGUGCUGUGGAACUGCUGCUGGCAUCCAACGAAAUCGCUCAGUCCAUGGCAGCUAAAACCAUGAGGUUCAGAAACAACAUGACCCAGGCUGGGUUCACCAUUUCUGGCACAGCUCAUCCCAUCUGUCCUGUGAUGCUAGGAGACGCUCGGCUGGCUUCGCUUAUGGCUGACGACAUGCUGAAACUGGGAGUGUAUGUGAUUGGUUUCUCCUACCCAGUUGUUCCCAAAGGAAAAGCCCGCAUUCGAGUCCAGAUCUCUGCGGCUCACACUGAUGAGGACAUUGAUCGUGCCGUAGAUGCCUUCAUACAGACAGGCAGGAAGCACGGUGUCAUUUCCUAAUGUCAGAACAGAACGGAAAAGUUGCUGACUGUUAGAUUGAGGCUGAAGUUACAUAUCACAGAAAAAAAAUAGAAAGAAAUUCUUCUAAUGCUACUGAGAUCAGUGAAGGUCAAAGGGUACUUGUAUAUUUACAGUAUUGACAGAAUAAAUGUUUUCUCUAUGAUUAAUAGUUGCUACUUUAACAGCAGUCUUGUACAGCAGCUUUAUACCAAAAGUGUCUUGACUUUUUUCAGUUGAGACAUUUGUAUUAUUUGCUAAAUCAUGUACAGAUCAUGCUUGUGCUGCGAUUGUCCAUUAAAAAAAUGGGUAAACAUGAAAAAAUAAAAAAAAUAAAAAUAAAAAGAUGAUGCCA